AUGGAGGCCGAAGGAAUGGCUUCGGAGCUGAACUGGAGCUCCUUCGAUCCAUCAUUCUCCGUCGAGGAGACCGAGGAAGCCAUGGCGCAACUCUUCGGUUCUCAGCACAUGUUUUGGUCUGACUCCGAUUACGAUGGCUGCUACUCGAGCAACCCCGACAUGGCUGUUACCUCGACACCGAUGAAUUCUAGCGUCGGGGGAGAGGGAAACGCCGCCCCAUGGUUUCCUCUUGGUGCUUAUGAUCAACACGAUCGACCGAUCUCCGUGAACGAGGAAACCAGCAGAGAUGAACUCGCCGAUGCUGUCGUGAAACCUCUUCCUCCUCCUCCUCCUCCUCCUCCUGCUGAUGCCUCACAAGGCACCAAGAGAAGGUUGCGUGGUGGUGAUAUCCAAAUAGAAGUUUCUCGAAAGAAGUGGAAGAAGGCACAGAAUAGUGCCGCCACUGCCGAUGAGGAAGACAGCAGUGCUGACAUUAAUCCUCGGAGCUCCUAUUGCUACGGCUCUGAGGAUGACUCGAAUGGUUCCCGGGAGCUGAAGGGAGCAGUCUCCAUGAGCUCGAGCUCCAAAGGAUCUGCAGCUCUGAAUCCAAAUCCUCAGAGCCUCUAUGCAAAGAAGAGGAGAGAAAGGAUCAAUGAGAGGCUGAGAAUUCUGCAAAACCUGGUGCCAAAUGGAACAAAGGUAGACAUCAGCACAAUGCUUGAAGAGGCAGUUCAAUAUGUGAAGUUCUUGCAGCUCCAAAUCAAGCUUUUGAGCUCUGAUGAGAUGUGGAUGUAUGCUCCCAUUGCUUACAAUGGCGUGAGUCUCGGGUUCGACCUAAAAGAUCCCUCCAUCGUCUCAGCAGAGGAGAAUGACUCUGGGAUAUGA